CUACCCAGCAUGCCUCAUCAAGGAGAAGACUGCUAUUUUUUUUUCUAUUCUACAUGUACCAAAGGUGACAGCUGUCCAUUCCGUCACUGUGCAGCUGCACUAGGAAACGAAACUGUUUGCACAUUAUGGCAAGAAGGACGCUGUUUUCGACGGGUAUGCAGGUUUCGGCACAUGGAGAUUGAUAAAAAACGGAGUGAGAUUCCUUGUUAUUGGGAAAAUCAACCAGGGGGAUGCCGAAAGCUAAACUGCGCUUUUCAUCACAACAGAGGACGUUAUGUGGAUGGCCUUUUUCUACCUCCAAGCAAAACUGUGUUGCCCACUGUGCCUGAGUCACCAGAGGGGGAAGUGAAGGCUUCCCAGCUCACAGCUCAACAACACAAAUUGUCUGUCCAGUCUGAUCCCUCCCCUCAACUGCGAAGUGUGAUGAAAGUAGAAAGUUCAGAAAAUUUUCCUACCCCCACACAUCCGCCAGUUGUGAUCAAUGCUGCAGAUGAUGAUGAUGAUGAAGACGAUGAUGAUCAGUUUUCUGAGGAAGGUGAUGAAACCAAAACACCAACCCUGCACCCAACUCCCAAAGUUCAUAAUGGAUCACGAGGGGCUUCUGCCCAGAAACCCGGGGUCAAUUUAAAACAAGGUGAAAGUUUGAAUGUUGGAAUGAAAACUCUUGAGGAAAUUAAGUCAAAGAAAAUGCAGGAAAGGUCCAAGAUGCAAGGUGAAGGUUCUUCAGGAGUUUCCAGUCUUUUACUCCAGCCUCAGCCCCUUUCAGGUCCCGAAAAAGAGAAUGUCCGGACUGCGGUGAGGACAGGAACUCUCUCCAACAAACAAGGAGAAGAACCCUUCAUAAGACUGAGUCUCACCGAGAGACUGGGGAAACGAAAAUUUUCUGAAGGUGGUGACAGUGAUCCUCCACCUAAGCGUAGCCUUGCACGGAGGCUAGGGAAGAAAGUGGAUGCUUCAGAAACUGACAAAACACCAAAGAGAGUUCAAGUUUCCAAGUCUCUAAAGGAAGGAUUAGGUGUGUCAGCUGGUCAAAACAACGAGGAGGCAGCAGAGAGAGUUACUGACCUUGGCGAGAUCCACGUGAAGACAUUAGCAGAAAUCCUUCUGGAAAGAGCCAGUCAGAAACGCGGAGAAUUGCAAACUAAACUUAAGGCAGGAGGCCCUUCAAAAGCUGGUGAUCCUACCUCAGGGGCAAGAAGCUCUUCCACCAUUCGAAUCAAAACCUCCUCUGAGGUCCUGGCUGAAAAGAAACACCGGCAGCAGGAAGCGGAGAGACAGAAAAGCAAAAGGAAUGUCACCUGUGGCAAGUUAAAGAAGGACAGUGAUACUAAAAAAUCAUCGGUUUUGCCACCACUGGUGGCCAACAAAGGACAAUCAGAGGAGCCUGCAGGGAGAACAAAGUCUAUGCAGGAGGUGCAUGUCAAGACGCUGGAGGAAAUUAAACGGGAGAAGGCACGGAGGGUGCAGCAGAGCUCCAAGAGCAGCCCCAGCUCCCAGCCUCAGCCCGAGGCCACCCCGGGGGCGAGGGGCCUUUUCCGAAUCACCGAAAAGUCAGGUAUAAAAGAAGAGAAGAAACCUCAAGAAGAAAGUCAAGUUGCGUGUCAGAGCAGUGUUGCUAGAAUCGAGGCUAAAGAGGCUUCAAAUGAGACAACAGGAGGGGGCAUUAAAAUUCCAGUCAAGAAAUGUGAGACGAUGCGAGAAAAGCACAUCCAGAAACAGCCAGGGAGGGGAACCUCACAGAAGGAAAAAUCUGUCCUGCCAUCCCCCUGGGGAGACGGAGAGGCGGGUCAUGCCCAGCCAGCAGGCCCGCCAGUGCUGGCCACUGCGCCGAGCAUCACACGGAGUCUGGCAAAGCGGCUUCCCACCGAGUCACCCCAGAAGGCAGAGGUGGAAACCGCAGGCACCGGCGACUCGACAUUGGAUGUGAGGUGUGCGGCACAGACCUCGGAGGAAAGGGUCAAAGCGAAACCCAAAGCGAGUGUGAAGCCGUUUGUGGCUCAAGUGGUCUGUUCCCCCAAACUGGCCGCCAAGCGCAAGGCAGCGGAGACCCACCCUGCAGUCAGGGCGGCGGUGAAGCGGCUCCGGGCCAGCGGGGUCCUGCAGGAAAGCCCGGCCCCAAAAGCAGCCAUGGCUGUGGUCCCGCUCAUCUCUGAGGACAAAGCGGUCACUGGGCCUGAGACAGGCGGACCCAGAGACAGUCUUGUGCUGCCUCCAGCCCAAUCCUCGUCAGAGCCCUCUCCGCCAGAAGUAUCCGGCCCUUCCUCCUCCCAAAUGGCCGCGAAAACUCGCCGACCCAGCACUGCUUCCACAGGAGAGCCCCCCCUCUCUGUGGAGGAUGGUUUUGAGAAACUCGUAUGGGAGAUUUCAGGAGGCAAAUUGGAAGCCGAGAUCCACCUGGAUCCUGGGACAGACGAAGAUGACCUUCUGCUUGAGCUAUCAGAAAUGAUUGAUAGCUGA